CCGAGUUUGAAGAAUGCACAUGUCUCUCAUCUCAAAAGUCUGACACAUUUCUACAAAGACUGGAGGUUUGAUUAUGAUUUCCGUGCACUGAAGCACCUCCGGCUGGAGCAUUGCCCGAGGUUGGAAGGCGUCAUGCCACGUGGAUCUGCGCUGCCAUGUCUCGUGGCGCUCGACAUCCUCUUCUGCUACAAUCUCAAGGCAAUUUUCUACUACAAUAGCGAGUCGUCUUCUAGUUUCGAGCUCCCAUGUCUUCGGAGGAUCCACCUCCAGGAGCUGUCCCUGCUGGAGCAUCUUCGCGACGACGACGCCGUCCUGGCCGCGCCCGCGUGGGAGGAGCUCCACGUCCGCGGCUGCUGGAGCUUGCGCCGCCUCCCGCGCCUCAUCGACCGACGAUCAGGCAAGAAGGCCGUGACGGUGAGCGGGGAGCGGGCCUGGUGGACCAAGCUCCGCUGGGACGACCGGGACGACUCGCACCGCGGCAGCUACGAGCCCAGGCUUCCCCCGGCAUCCGCCUCCAUCCGCGAGCGCGUCAUCAUCAAGAGCUACCUCAGGUGAAGGAACUGAGCCAUGCCCAAGCCGCAAGCUCAUCCUCAGCAACCUCCGCCUCCAAUCUCAUGCGCCCGUCCAGAGUUUCCCCAUGCCCGCCCGCCGGCGUCGAUCUCCAUUUAUUCCAAAUAAGAGGUUUGGUUUGUCUGCUGGCUGCUUCAUCGUCCGGCCGGCGCAUCCCAAGCAGUGUGACAGCAGCUCAACCAGAUUGCAGUGUUUGAUGCAUCAACGUGUGUUUUCUAGUGUUGUGUGCUUGCUUUGAUCAGUUCCUGCAGUGACUUCGAUUUGCUUGCCCGUGUGAAACUUGGUGUGUCUGUUUUAAUUUGUUCGUUCUCAUUCAUAAUCAGCAUGGCCACCUCGGCGUGCUAAAUUAUAUUACUACUUGUGUGCGUUUGCUGCAGUACGUGUUGUUGAACUUGCUGUUAUUAUUUGAUUAUAUAUGGAUUGAAUUGGUAUGUAACUGGUAAGUCUGCUUUGUGUGAAAUCAAUAAAGUUUGUUUAAUUUAA